UCAUUUCCCUCUCUUCAGUAGUGAUGAAUUGGCUCUAUCACCACCACUGAAUAAGCUCAGACGCUCAUAGUAUAUUGGGUUUUUUUCUUCUUCGAUAUUUUUCUCAUUCUCAAGUGCUACUCUGAGUUCUUGGCUCUUGAAGCUGCAAAGGAGGUGCUAGGGAUGAAGAACAUAUUUUAGCUGUAGACUAGUAACUUGACCUUUUUAUUUCAAGCGAAUAUGACGCCUGUAAUGCCAUGUUCUAUAAGCGGCGUUUCACUUAUUCCUGGAACUGCAUUUACAACAAGGAAGAACAAUCGUUUGACAAGAUUUAGUUCGUCAAGGAAGCCCACAAAACUUGCACCAUCCACCCAGAAGUAUCUUCUACCUGUGUCAACUUCUAUUAAAUUGUUCCCUCAAUAUAGCAGGGGAUGUUCUUUACAUCAUAUAUCUGGAAUCCAGAGAUUAUCAGCCACAGGAACUGAUGUGGCAGUGGAAGAACCAGAUUCACCCAUCAUAGAUGAAGAUUCUGGUGGAGCAUCAGAAGUUCCAACUGGUGCGGUUGGAAGUGGUGAAAGUUCUUCCAAUGAAUCAGAAGCCAGUCCUGCCUCAACUACGUCAAGACGAACAAGACCUGUUAGGAAAAGUGAGAUGCCACCUUUAAAGAAUGAAGAACUGGUUCCUGGAGCAACUUUUACAGGGAAAGUAAGAUCAAUCCAGCCAUUUGGUGCUUUUGUUGAUUUUGGAGCUUUCACCAAUGGCCUGGUGCAUGUUUCCAGGUUGAGUGAUAGCUACGUUAAAGAUGUUGGGAGUAUUGUUUCUGUUGGGCAAGAGGUGAAGGUGAGAUUAGUUGAAGCAAACACUGAAACUGGACGGAUUUCUCUCUCUAUGCGUGAAAGUGACGAUGCUAGUAACCUCAGGCAACAGAAAGAUGGUCCUGCUAGUGGUGAUAAGGCAGGACCUGCCAAAAGGAAUGUUUCAAAGCCCAGCCAAAGGAGAGGUGACGUGAGGAAAAGCUCAAAAUUUGUCAAGGGGCAGGACCUAGAGGGCACAGUGAAGAAUAUGACAAGGUCUGGUGCUUUUAUAUCUCUUCCUGAGGGUGAAGAAGGGUUCCUGCCCACAUCAGAGGAGUCUGAUGAAGGAUUUGGAAGCCUUAUGGGGAACUCUUCACUACAGGUUGGCCAAGAAGUCAGUGUCCGGGUGUUGCGAAUAUCAAGAGGGAUGGCAACCUUGACAAUGAAGAAAGAAGAAGAUGUUGCAAAAUUGGACUCACAGCUCAAGGAAGGGGUUGUCCAUGUUGCAACAAACCCUUUUGUGCUGGCUUUCCAUAAGAACAAGGAUAUUGCUGCAUUUUUGGAUGAGAGGCAGAAAUUAGAGAAAGAAGCUAAAAAACCAGCAAUAACAAAGACUUCAGAAGAAUUAGAAGAAAAAGUCAACCAAAGUAAAACUGGGUCUGAUGAGGUGCAGGACCAAGCAGCAGGCAGCUAUGAGAGGACAGAUAGUGUCCCUUCUGCAGUAGAUGAAACAAUUAAAGAUAAUGAAGCAUCUUCAGAGGAGGCAGGUGUGGGAGCCAGUGCAUUAGAUGAUGCCUCAACCAAUAUUGUGGACAAUGAAGAGGACCCAGCCUCUAGCUCAACACAAAGUAUUGAUACCAUAGAUAAAGAAGCAGAAGUGAGUCCUGAAAUUUUGACUCCUGAAGAGAGUAUAUCUAUUUCCAGUGGGAUGAAUGAAGAAGCUUCCCCGACGGAUGGUGCGGAAAUUGAUGGAAAAUCUGAUUUGUUAGGUGACAUAAAUGAUGAAGCUUCUUCAAAGGAGGUGGAUUUGGUAGCAAGCGUUGCAGAUGAUGAAAAGGACCAACAAAGCACUAUCUCUAGCUCAAUAUCAAGUGUGGAUGGUGCUGUUCAAACCGUGGAGGAAGAAGCAGAGGUAAGUUCCGAAAUUCUUAAAGCACCUAGUGCAGAGAACGAACCUCCUUCUGGUGCACCAACUGAAAUUAACGAAGUGGAACCCAACCCUGAUAAAAAUGGCACCAUAACCAGCUCAGGCUUACAACUAGAUGCUCCUUCGGCCCAGGAAACUAAAGAUGGAAAGGAAAAUGAUGGAAGUUCUGAUCCGUCUGGAAAGUUAGGUGAUGAUAAAGUCCUCUCUUCGGAAAGUCAAGCCAUUGAAGAAGUUGUAGAGAACCUUGCUGAAAAUACCAAGGAUGAUAUGCAGAUACAAGUUCCUGCAGCAGAGAGUGAAAUUCCUUCUGCCUCGCAUGUUGAAGAUGAAAAGGUGGGAGCUGCCCCCGAGAAAAAUGGCGCUGUCACUAAUUCAAAUGGACAAACUGGCGGUCCUUUCCCCAAGGAAAGCACAACUAAAGCUGCUAUAUCACCUGCUCUUGUUAAACAACUGCGUGAAGAAACAGGAGCUGGGAUGAUGGAUUGCAAGAAAGCUCUCUCAGAGACUGGAGGGGAUAUUGUCAAAGCUCAGGAAUUCCUUAGAAAGAAAGGCUUAGCAAGUGCAGAAAAGAAAGCUAGCAGAACCACUGCUGAAGGAAGAAUAGGUUCGUACAUUCAUGAUAGCAGGAUUGGUGUCUUGGUAGAGGUGAACUGUGAGACAGAUUUUGUCUCCCGGGGUGACAUUUUUAAGGAGCUGGUAGAUGAUCUAACCAUGCAAGUGGCUGCAUGCCCUCAAGUACAGUAUCUCGUUACAGAAGAUGUUCCAGAAGAAAUUGUGAAGAAGGAAAGAGAGAUUGAGAUGCAGAAGGAAGAUCUUUUGUCAAAACCAGAGCAAAUCAGAUCGAAGAUUGUUGAAGGGCGAAUCAGAAAGAGGCUCGAGGAGCUAGCAUUGCUUGAGCAGCCAUACAUUAAGAAUGAUAAAAUGGUGGUAAAGGACUGGGUGAAGCAGACAAUUGCAACCAUAGGAGAAAAUAUAAAAGUGAAUAGGUUUGUGCGGUACAAUCUUGGAGAGGGCUUGGAGAAGAAAAGCCAGGAUUUUGCUGCUGAAGUGGCAGCCCAAACUGCAGCAAAAGCAGUGCCUAAAGCAGAAAAAGAGCAGCCUGCUGCAUUAGAAGCCGAGGAAAAUGUUCAGAAGCCACCAACAGUAACAGUCUCUGCCGCAUUGGUUAAACAACUACGUGAAGAAACUGGAGCAGGGAUGAUGGACUGCAAGAAAGCCCUUUCUGAAACUGGAGGGGAUCUUGAGAAAGCACAGGAGUACCUUAGAAAGAAGGGUCUUUCAACUGCUGACAAGAAAUCCAGCCGGCUUGCAGCUGAAGGCCGAAUUGGGUCCUACAUUCAUGACUCCCGCAUAGGAGUGCUAAUUGAAGUAAACAGUGAGACUGACUUCGUUGGUAGAAGUGAAAAAUUCAAGGAGUUGGUUGAUGAUUUGGCAAUGCAAGUUGUGGCCUGCCCACAGGUGCAAUUCGUAUCCAUUGAGGAUGUUCCUGAGAGCAUUGUGAACAAGGAAAAAGAGCUUGAGAUGCAGAGAGAGGACCUCUUAUCGAAACCCGAGAACAUUAGAGAGAGAAUUGUUGAGGGGAGGAUCUCGAAGAGGCUUGGAGAGCUUGCUCUUCUAGAGCAGCCUUUCAUUAAGGAUGACAGUAUUUUGGUGAAGGACUUGGUGAAGCAAAGUGUAGCUGCAAUUGGAGAAAACAUAAAAGUUAGGAGGUUUGUCCGGUUCACUCUUGGGGAAACCAUUGAAAAUGCUGAGACAGGAACUGAAGCAUGAGAUGAACAGAGAAGCACAUCAAUUUUCAGCAUGAAGCCCGUUGAAGAUCGGAGGCUGGGUGAGACUAAUUUUAGAUGAGAGUAUUCUGAUUCUUUUUGUUCUGGUGUUAAAUCAAGUUUACAUAUGCAACGGGCAACAAUUUAUGUGUUAAAUGUCAGUAAAAGCUCUCAGGGCAUCAAUAUUUUGAGGUGAGGAGAGGAGUCUCUCUAACUUAUUCCCUGCAGCAUGAAAGUUGAAUAUACAAUCCUGUGGAGGCAUUUUUGAAUUA